AUGUCUACCUUCGGCUACAGGAGAGGACUCAGCAAGUAUGAAUCCAUCGACGAGGACGAGCUCCUGGCUUCCCUGACGGCCGAGGAGCUGAAGGAGCUGGAGAGGGAGCUGGAAGACAUUGAACCUGACCGCAGCCUCCCGGUGGGGCUCCGGCAGAAGAGCCUGACGGAGAAGACGCCCACGGGGAACUUCAGCCGGGAGGCGCUCAUGGCCUAUUGGGAAAAGGAGUCCCAGAAGCUGCUGGAGAAGGAGCGGCUGGGGGAGUGUGGAAAGGUCGCAGAAGAAGACAAGGAGGACAGUGAGGAAGAGCUGGUUUUCACUGAGUGUAACAGUGAGGUGUCGGAGGAGGUGUACACCGAGGAGGAGGAGGCCGAGGAGGAGGCGGAGGAGGAGGCGGAGGAGGAGGCCGAGGAGGAGGCCGAGGAAGAAGAGGAGGAGGACGACAGCCAUGAGGAGGACAGCGCCGUGGAAGACGAGAAAGCCAUCAACGGCACCGUGAACCACCACGCCGUCCAUCCCGACGACGACGCCAGGCCCAAGACAUUCAAAACUCAGCUGGACACCAUCAACCUGACCAACGGCCACGGCGGGAGGCACCCGGAGCCCUCGCCGCCCCCCGCCGCCCCCCACGCCAGCGGCAACCCCACGGUGAUCGAGGAGGUGCUGGCCAAGGUCCAGAGCAACGACCCGGACACGCGCGAGGUGAACCUCAACAACAUCGAGAACCUCACGCCGCAGACGCUGGCGCGCCUGGCCGAGGCGCUGAAGGCCAACACGGCGGUGCGCAGCCUCAGCCUGGCCAACACGCACGCCGACGACGCCGCGGCCGCCGCGCUGGCCGACAUGCUCCGCGUCAACCAGCACCUCACCAGCGUCAACAUCGAGUCCAACUUCGUCACGGGCAAGGGCGUGCUGGCCCUGAUGCGCGCGCUGCAGCACAACGCCGUGCUCACCGAGCUGCGCUUCCACAACCAGCGCCACAUCAUGGGCAGCCAGGUGGAGAUGGAGAUCGUGCGGCUGCUCCGCGACAACACCACGCUGCUGCGCCUGGGCUACCACUUCGAGCUCCCGGGCCCGCGCAUGAGCAUGACCAGCCUCCUCACGCGCAACAUGGACCGGCAGCGGCAGAGGCGCCUGCAGGAGCAGAAGCUGCAGGAGCAGAAGCUGCUGCACGAGGGCGCGGACGGGGGCCCGGCCCAGCUCAGGACCGCCGCCGCCGCCUGGCACAGAGGCACGCCCGGCUCGUCGCCUUAUGCAUCGCCCAGGCAGUCUCCCUGGUCAUCCCCCAAGCUCCCCAAGAAGGUCCAGGCCGUGAGGAGCCGCCCCCCGUCUCCCCCGGCCCCGCCGCCCCCGCCGCCGCCCCCUCCGCCCCCUCCCCAGGCCCCGCAGCGGCUGCCGCCCCCGCCCCCGCCCCCGCCGCCUCCGCUCCCCGAGAAGAAGCUCAUCACCAGGAACAUCGCCGAGGUCAUCAAGCAGCAGGAGAGCGCCCAGCUGGCUCUGCAAAACGGACAGAAAAAGAAGAAAGGGAAAAAGGUGAAGAAGCAGCCCAAGAACGUGCUCAAGGAGAUCAAGAGCUCCCUGAGGCCGGUGCAGGAGAAGAGAGCAGAAGACAGCUACCGGCCUUCCACCCCACAGCGGUCCGCCCACGACAGCCUCAUGGAGGCCAUCCGGGGGAGCAGCCUGAGGCAGCUGAGGCGGGUGGAAGUUCCCGACGCUCUGCGAUAA